UUGGCCUGAGUCUGUUCUAACCGAAACCAACCAGAAAAAUCAAAAUAUUGUGCUCCAACAUGGUUAAAACUGCUGUCCCAGUUCGCCCCAUGUGUCCCGAUUGACCCUGGUUUACGGUACUAAAACAUGGUGUCAGAAGUUUUCGCGGACAACUAGUGAAUUUCCGGCGUCAUCGGUAAAACGCGGAAGGUUCCUGUGAGGAGAUUCAACGUCGGGCGGCCAAAAAAUCAUACGCGGAAGUGAUCGGAUAAGUUGCUCUCUGUGUUGCGAACGUGUGCGAUCCUGUCCGGCGGGAAUAUUUCUUUGUGCGCGUCGUCGAAUUGUUGGAGAUUUCGCGGAAGUGAAGUGGAGAAGAAAAUUCGAGAAAAAUGGACGCUGAGCAGUUCAAGAUUUUUAUGAAGCAUCAGGAGAAGGCAUCGUUGCAAAAAAUGGUCGUGAAGCAGUCAACAACGCUGGCCGCUGGAAGUUCGGCGGGCCCCGCUUUGCCGCUUCCCCCUCCGCUGGAGCUGGCCGGAGACGUGGAGGCAAACUUUGAAUUUUUCAAGCAGAAUCGCAUCCGCCGCUGGGAUGGAUGGUUGGCCGGACACGAUGAAGAAGCAGAAAACGAGCAUCCUUGUGUCAGUAAUCGGAAGUGUGGCGCGCCAAAAGUACUUCAAUUUUGAGCUUACGGUGGCAGAGACGGAUGAUCCAGAAAUUGCUCUGACAGCGAUUAAGGAAAAGGUAGUGCGCAAACGGAAGUUCGUCGACUGGAUCAUUUUUUUUGGCCUUUUGCAAGAUCCGGUCGAAAGCAUCGACGACUACCUGAGGAAGCUGAAGGUUCUGUUGAAGUCAUGCCAGUUCGGAGCUCUCGAGAAAGAAAUGCUGCGGUUCAAGAUCGUCACAUUGAACAAGUGGCCAAAUCUCCAGACCAGGAUGCUGGGCAUGCAGGACCUGAAGACCUGCCGUGCAGAGAAACUCAUUGUAACCUACGGCCAGGUCGUGGGCCGGACGUGUGAUGAUGUCAAGAAGAUCCGGAAGAAGAAGGAGUGCAAGUUCUGCGGCGAUUGGCACGAGUUUGAGAAAGGAGUCUGCCCUGCUUUUGGUAAGAGGUGUAACCGCUGUGGCCGGAAGACUCAUUUUGAAAGAGCGUGCAAGUCGGACCGGCGAAAGCGAUCGAAGAGCAAGUGAAAAGUGCACAAGGUUCAUCGAGAUUCUCUGGAAGAUGAGGAGUCGGACAGCAACGAGUCGAGCAGCGGCAGCGAAGCAAGCGCAGUGAUCGGCAAGAUCGAAAACUCGCCUGAACUUGGAGGCCACGUGACGGCGGAGCUGGAUUUCUACGUCGACGGUAAGUGGCAAUCAUCCCGCUGGAAUUUGGACACUGGUGCUAACACACGGAAAGGAGUUCCAUCUAAAAUUUAACAAUUCAAAUUAGCUGGCUUCAAAUUGGUGAAACUGUGAUUUAUUUGGUUAAAUCAGCUAAAAUUACAGCCCAAAUUAAAAUGACAGGAGAGAUGUUACCAAAAAUAAUGGUGUUUCAGCACAAUUUUGCGUACAAUUACCGAAAAAACUAGCUGGAACCGGCAGCAUGGAUUUUUGACAGAUCAUCAGUUCGAGAGCAAAUCAAAGCAACGUCUUGUAUCGUGUUCGAUCCUGUUUGAGCCGAUCAGUUCGAGAAGUUUUUUGGUGAUUAUGUGUGUUGUUUGAGUGCAAGUGCAAGUGCAAAAGGAGAUAGAAUGUGUUGUUUGAGUGAAUAAAUCAAAAGCCAGAAAGAUUUUCUGCGGAUCGGCACCUGAAGGUAAGUUUCAGUUAAUAAGGUGAGAAGUUUUUUGUGUUGAGGGAAAGUGGUUAGAAGUUGAGCCUCUCAUUAUUGUUUGGACGAUGCGUAGGUAAAAACAUGGGGGCAUCACUAAACCACUUUGGCAACACUUUGGCAGGAAAAGGGGAGGCUGGCGAUUGUCCACACUCUACUUUUUGUAUGCACAUCUGUCCUCCUGGAGCGGCGGCGGGUGCAGAAUGCCUAGUUAUAGAUUGGCCAAUGUUUGACAAAUCCGAACAAAUAGGGCACCUAACGCCUUUUAAGCACGUCAAAAAUAGUGUUAAAUAAUGUUAAAUUAAUUUAAAUUCAGUAAAAUU